AUGAAACCUCGAAAGAAAAUUAUAGCUGUCCUAUUCACACUUUCAGGCAAAGCGAAUCCCUCUGACGGUUUUGAUGUGUUACAGAAGCGAGUGGAGACGUUAAUGGUGCCAGACGAUACCUGGCAAUUUCAUGAAAUGUGUUGUUCAUGUUCUCAAAUACAUUUUGCCGACCAAGUAGAUUUCAGGUCAAGGCAGGUUGGAGCGCCCGUCGACAAUGUCAAGGGGAAUCCAGCCGCUCCAGGUUAUGGAGUUCCCAUAGGCAUUCUAAUGUUUUCCGAUGCUACAUCUACACCGCUCAGUGCUGAUGAUGGUGGUGUCAGUCCGGCAAUGGAUAUGGGUUAG